AUGAGGUCAAUUCUGAUCAUCCCCAUCUUCAGCUGCUUCUUUGCAGCUUCCAAUGCCAAAAUCUUCUCCAAGUGUGAGCUGGCCCGCAAGCUGAAGGCCCAGGGAAUGGAUGGCUUCCAUGGCUAUAGCCUGGCAAGCUGGGUCUGCGUGGCUCAGUAUGAGAGUAACUUCAACACUCGGGCCUUUAAUGGGAAAAAUGGCAAUGGCAGCAGUGACUAUGGGAUCUUCCAGCUGAACAACAAGUGGUGAUGCAAAGACAACAAGUAUCCCUCAGCGAAUGCCUGCAAGAUCAUGUGCAACAAAUUUCUGGAUGAUAGCAUCGAUGAUGACAUCCUCUGUGCCAAGAGGGUCGUGAAGGAUCCCCGUGGAAUGUCUGCAUGGGUGACGUGGGAAAAUCACUGCAAAAACAAGGAUUUGUCCAGAUACCUGGCUGACUGUCAGCUAUGA